AUGGCACCCGUUCGGCUACCUGCAACACCCCUAUCGGUCCGACGAAGCUCGCGACGCAACAUCUCUUCCCCCGCCGUCUCCUCACCGCCUCGCGUCGUCGAAAAGUUCGAGGUCGAAGGCGUUACCAUCUCGGCCAAGUACGAGGGCACGCUACCAUCGCCUCCGCCCAGCAAGAAGCGCAAGCGCGCGCCUCCGCUUAGCAAAGCGGUCGUCCAGCCCGCUGAGGUUUCGGCCCACGUUCCGAAAAACGCUCAGCCUCUACACGACCCAGACGAGGCUGUCGCGGCGAAGGAGGACGAGGAUGGCGAGCAGUCGGAUCUGACGCCGCUGCCGAGUCCGAGUACGGAAGCGCCUGCCAAGCGGAAGGCGAAAGGAAAGGGGAAGCGCGUGGCGAAGAAACGUAAGGUGACCGCAGAUGGCGAAGAGGAAGGCGCAGAAGGGCCCGACGAAGGCGUCAAAGUGAAGAAGCCAAGGAAACCGAGAGCACCCAAACCCGAGCCGGUGUAUGUUAUCCCUGAUGUGGAGAGGAAGGAGACGACGUUCAAAGGCCGGUUAGGGUACGCGUGCUUGAACACCAUACUGCGCAAUAAAAAGCCUGCAGCGGAAGCUAUAUUUUGCUCGCGUACAUGCCGUAUCGACUCGAUCAAGAAGAACGGGCUCGAAUGGGUCAAAGAGCUCGGCCGGCAGAACGUGCGCGACCUGCUCAAGCUCAUCGAAUGGAACGAAGCGAACCGGAUACGCUUCAUGCGGAUGUCCUCCGAGAUGUUUCCCUUCGCGUCCCAUCCCAUCUACGGCUACUCGCUCGAAUACUGCGCGGAUGACCUGAAGGCCGUCGGCGACCUCGCGAAGAAGUACGGGCACCGGCUCACGACGCACCCUGGGCAGUUCACGCAGCUCGGCAGCCCCAAGGACGGAGUGGUCGAGAACGCGGUGAGAGACCUCAAGUACCACUGCGAGAUGAUAGACCGCAUGGGGCUGGGGAAGGAUAGCGUGAUGAUCAUCCAUGGCGGAGGGGUGUACGGCGACAAGGCGGCCGCGCUGGCGCGCAUCAAGACGUCCUUCACGGAGCUGCUGCCGCAGAACGUGAAGGACCGGAUCGUGCUCGAGAACGACGAGAUGUGCUACAACGCCGAGGACCUCCUCCCUCUAUGCGAAGAGCUCGAUAUCCCGCUCGUCUUCGACUACCACCAUGAUUGGAUUUACCCCUCGUCGAUCCCGCCCGCAGAGAUCAUUCGUCGGGCGGGCGCGAUCUGGGAGCGGCGCGGCAUCCGCCCGAAGCAGCAUCUGUCCGAGCCGCGUCCGGGCGCAGAGACGGUCAUGCAAAAGCGCGCGCACGCGGAUAGGUGUCAGGCGCUGCCGCCGGACCUGCCGGACGACGUGGACCUGAUGAUCGAGGCGAAGGAUAAGGAGCAGGCGGUUCUGCACUUGUAUCGGAUAUACGGGCUUGAGCCGGUCAUACACGGUGGGCCUCCUCUCCCCCUCUUUUGA